AUGUACGUCAUCAAGUCUUCCUCGUUGGCUGUCCUAGCGACUCUAGUCACUAUGUGUUGUGGUCACAUCGGUGGCAGCCAACUUCUGCUUCAAGAUGUCAGCCCCCAGGUCUAUUGUGGCAGAACCCUCGCCAGAGUUCUGGCGAUGUUGUGUUACGAUGAAGUUCCCAAUGAAAAAAGAUCCGAAUCCGGAACUAUGUAUAAUUCUCUGCUAACACCGUAUUACAAAGAUCAGGAGAACCAAAUUGGCUGGCCGUGGAUUCCACCCCAAAAAGCCAGGAGCAUGGCCAUGUCCCGAGGGAAACGUUUCGUGGUUAGCGAAUGCUGCGAUAAAGCUUGCAGCAUCAGCGAAUUAAUGUCCUACUGUUAG